CAAGCCUGAGGCGCUGGCACGCCACUAUAGUGCCACGGCUACACCCCUGGAAUCUGAGACCUUUCCCCCCAGCUCCAAGAUCAUUAGCUCCUCUGCUGUUUGUCCUCUGUUGCCCAGUACCCUCUGUAUUUUUCCUACUUUUUCUGUGUCUAGAGUCAAAACCAUGUCUGACUGCCCCUUGUCUUGUUUUUAGGCCCAUCCCUCAUCGAUGAUAAUCGAUGGCCUGCCAGCGUAUACGGUGAGACGCCUCCUGAGGGUUCAACCACAGAGCAGGGGUUUCCAGUACCUGGUUGACUGGGAGGGUUAUGGCACUGAGGAGAGGUGAUGGGUUCCAGCUAAAGACAUCUUGGACCCGGCCCUCAUCGUCGACUUUCACCGUCGGCACCCCAGUCAACCAGUGUAUGACAAACAGGGAUUCUUGCUGAAGCUGGGUGGUCAUCUACCUUUGGAGCUGAUGUACAAGUAUGGUAAUCUCAGCGAGGGAGUCUGUAAGCCUGGCUACGCAGCUGCCAAGAUGACCACCAUCUAUCCAAUGUUCGCUAAACCAGCCCCUAUGUUCCUCGAUCCAAACUUUAGACGAUUCUCCAAGAUCAGCAACUUUUUCCCACCUUUUGGAAUAAAAACGCAAGAAAAGAUCAUAGAUAAUAUUCUGACAGCAACGAAGAGCUAUGGUCUGGGAGAGGAGCUGGACAGUCAGAGUUGUAAGAAGUGCAUCAUCAUGGGAAAUGGUGGUAUUCUGGCCAACAAGUCUAUGGGUGUGAAGAUUGACGAGUACGAUGUGAUUGCAAGGUUGAACGAGGCUCCAGUGUCUGGCUAUGAAAAGGAUGUGGGCUCCAAGACCACCAUGCGUAUCACCUACCCAGAGGGAGCCAUCCAGAAGACUGAACGCUACGAACAGGACUCCCUCUUCGUCCUCUCUGCCUUCAAAGCUCUCGACUUCAAAUGGCUGCGGUCCAUAAUCUUUAAGGAGAGGCUGCGUAGCACAGAAGGGUUCUGGAAGUCUGUGGCCCGUCAUGUCCCCAGGGAGCCCAGUGAGAUGAGGAUCCUCAACCCUUACUUCAUCCAGGAGGCUGCCUUCAGGUUCAUCGGCCUGCCUCACAACAAUGGACAGAUGGGGAGAGGGAAUAUUCCGACCCUGGGGACGGUUGCCAUAACAAUGGCCCUCCAUAACUGUGAUGAGGUAGCCGUGGCUGGAUUUGGCUAUGACAUGAGCACCCCUCACGCCCCCCUACACUACUACGAGAAGAUCAGGAUGGCGGCCAUCAAAGAGUCCUGGACUCACAACAUUUCUAAGGAGAAGGAGUUCCUGAUUAAGCUGGUGAAGGCUGGGGUUAUACAGGACUUGACCAAUGGGAUCUGUGGCUCAGGAUGCUGAUGACAACAUCCAGCCAAUCCCAGGUCACAGAGAGAGAGAUAGAGGAGGAAGCAGCAUUGUGAAGUCCUGCUCUGUUCCCCCAACCUAACCCUAACCCUGGCUGAGCCAUACUGUAUUCAGGAAAGAAGGCUGGUGAAGGGUUCUGAAGGGUUUCUCGCUCUGACAGAGGAGAACUGUGGUAAAUGGCAUAAUCCCUGCACUACACUGGAGAGAUAGAACUACAACAUUCUAGAAUUCUCUAGAAAAACGAGAGCUAGAACUCUCUAGGAACAUUGAGAGCUACACACUAUUCUGUUUCAGGGUUUGCUGCAGUGUGACAUUACAGUUUGAUGAAAAGAUGGACUGACAAUCUGGACAUAAUGGGUUGUGCCAAGAAUACCUCUGGAGAAGGAUAAAGGACAUGCCUCUACUCAUACUUCUACAGUAUACCUGAAUGUAUUCUGUCACCACGUACUCAUCACUGUUAUAUAUUUAUUUUCUUCUCUUGUAAUGGCAGCAUUGCCCUCUAUCUGGGCUCAGUCGAAUAUGUUUCCAGACAGGUAGCAAAUAAUGCACAUACAUAUUCUGCUUCUAAUGUAUCUGGAAGUGGACGGAAGGGCCGGUGCUCAUGGUUUAGAAGCCCUCCACACCUUCCUUCCCCCCUUUAAGAUAUGUUUUUAAAUGAUUUACCUUGAGAGAUUACUUUGUUCCCCUCUGUCUUUUAAAAAAUUAUUUACCUUGAGAGAUUACUUUGUUCCCCUCUGCAAAGAACAAAGGACAAAAAAUGGGGGUGAGGAGUGACCGACCCCCCUCACUGGAUAAACAUGUUUUAUUUUCACAGAAGCACUGAGCUUUGUGUCGUCUUCAGUUCAUCAGUGUGCUUCCCAAACACUCAUCUGUCCUGGAUCACGUCUCAGACUGUUACUCUGGUCUUAAUGCUGUUGUAUUUGUCUAUAGGGCUCUGGUCAAACAUUGUGCACUAUAUAGGGAAUAGGGUGCCAUUUGGGAUGCAUCCUUUAUUUCAAGUCUGCAUGGCCUGCAAACAUAAUCAGUGUUACUACUUACUACUGUCAGUUGUUGUUUAAACAAUUGAGGUUUAUCAAUUUUAAAUGUCUUGUUUUAUUUCUUUGUUCAUUUUUGCCAAAAUGGAUUGUAUUUUGUUAAGCAAUAAUAUAUGGUGUCUUAACCGCUGUUCUCUGUUCAGCCACAUAUUAUCUUAUUUUCUACUCAUAUGCACAAGCCAAAGCACUUGAAUUUCUCAUCGCUCACAGACAGCAGUGGAGGCUGCUGAGGGGAACGUCUCAUAGUAAUGGCUGGAAUUGUUUCAACCACAUGGAAACCAUAUGCCUGAUACCAUUCCAUUGACUCCAUUCAGUCAUUACUAUGAGCCGUCCUCCCCUCAGCAGCCUCCACUGACACACAGUCACUACACUAUGGAGCGUCGUGCAUCAAGAUGGUUUGACAAAUGAAAUAAAGCAGAUUAUAACUCUG